AUGUCGCAACAGCCUCGACGACGCCGCGGCAUAGGACAGUGUGAGCAGACUGGAGGAGGUAUCCAAGACACCAGCGCUGUUCAGAAUCCUGGUGGCCAGAAGCACGGAGAAGGCGAGGGAGAAGCAGCACUCGCCGCCAUUGAGAUGGAUCAAUCCCCGAUCAUCCGCGCAUUGCGGCGGCAGCCCCUCUGGAUCGUGCUGGCCGUCUCGAGCGGAGCGUGUGCGGCCUUUAAUGGUGUAUUUGCUAAACUAACGACCACUUCCCUGACAUCCAACUUGUCGUCUUCGAUCGCAACCUUUUUCUCCCUCUCCCCCAGCAAUACCUUCGUCGACCUCGCCGUCCGGGGCACAUUCUUCCUCCUUAACCUACUCUUCAACGCUCUCAUGUGGGGGCUCUUCACGUCCGCCCUGACCCGUGCAGAGUCAACGACCCGCGUCAGCAUCAUCAAUGUCUCGGCGAACUUUGUCAUCACCGCUGUGCUCGGUGCCUUGAUCUUUGGGGAGAAGCUGGGCGGUAUGUGGUGGGUAGGCGCGGGGAUGUUGGCCGCGGGCAAUGUCGUGAUCGGAAGGAGAGAGGAAGGAGCGAAGCCUGGUGGGAAUAUGGGGCUGGACGAGACGAGGGAGGAGGCAGAGGGAUUGGUGGGCGGAGAAGAAGAAAGAGGCGGCCACGUGGAAGAUGACCUGGUAGAGCUACAUGACAACCCCGGAGAAGGGCAGAGAGCAGAGUGA